GCAUCGGAUUGUCGUCGGCAAGAGGAUCUCGCCGCCGUAUCGUGUCCCCAAUUUCAAAUCAGCGCGUCCGGUGGCGCCGUCCGCCGCCUAAAACUCCGCCCCCCCUCACUCCUCCCCGCCUCCGUCCGCCUUCGCCGCCCUAGCUAGCUAGGAUUCCUCUCGGGCUCCACGCGCGCGGAGCCACCCCCACCAACGGCACAUCCCAUGUCCCGUGCGCCGGCGACCAGCGCCGCAUCCCACCGCCGCCGCGGCAAGCGGCGCAUCGUCGGCGCCCACGGCACCGAAUCCCUUCCUCGCGGCCGCAGCCACCUCCUCGCCUUCCGCUCCUUCACCCUCCGCUUCGCCCUCGCCGCCCCGCCCCACCGCCGCCGCAAGCGCCGCCCCGCCCCCAGUCCCCGCCCCCGCCGCAGUAGCGUUGUUGACCCCAGCCGCUUCCUCGCCCUCCGCCCGUUCGUCCUCCGCUACCUCCUCGCGGCCGGCGCAUCGGCCCCUUGCCGCCGUCGGAAGGCCUCCGUGAUAGACAUGGGCCACCUCCUCUCGCGGCUGCUGAGGGAGAGCACCGGCGAAGGCGGCUCAAGGGUACGCAAGAGGCGCGACAAGGGAUUGCGGGAGGUGAUAGAUCUCACUGCGAAUAGGGUUCAAGCUGACAAGGCCAAUGCCGCCAGGUGGGGUAUUGGCGAUGUGAGCAGCAUCACACUGGAGGAGGUGCCCGACGAUAGUCCCAAAGAGGAUCUGUCUGAAUUAUUUGCACCUCUCACAAAUGAAGAAGAAAGUGAAGUAAACAACUUAUUGAAUGGUAGUGCUCACAGUAAAAAAAUAAUAGUGCUGCAUAAGCCUUCAAACAUUGAGAUUACCAAAGAGAAACUAUGGUGUUUGAGGCCUCGUGGUUGGUUAAACAAUGAGGUCAUCAAUUUGUACCUUGAAUUAUUAAAGGAGAGAGCAGAAAGAGAACCCAAAAGAUUUUUAAAAUGCCACUUCUUUAACACAUUCUUUUAUACGAAGCUUGCUUGUGGAAAAACUGGUUAUGACUAUCAAUCUGUUAGAAGAUGGACAACCCCCAACAAGUUGGGUUAUAGGCUUGCGGAUUGUGAGAAAAUAUUUAUUCCAGUACACAGAGAUGUACAUUGGUGCUUGGCAAUUAUUGACAUGAAGGAAGAAACUUUUCAUUAUCUUGAUUCUCUUGGUGGCAAGGACAGUGGCGUACUGAGGAUACUGGCUAGAUAUAUUAUGGAUGAAUUGAAGGACAAGAAUAACAUAGAGAUAGACACAAGUUCUUGGCGGGUAGUAUCUGUUCAUAUUCCUUUGCAACAUAAUGGAUGGGAUUGUGGUAUGUUUAUGCUCAAGUUCAUCGAUUUCUACAGCAGAGGUCUCAUACUAUCUUUUAGUCAGGAACAUAUGGAAUAUUUUAGGAUGCGGACAGCAAAGGAGAUCCUGAGAUUAAGAGCUGAUUAAGAAUGUCCCGUUUAUGACCAACAUUCGGACAUUUUCCGAAGGUAUUCUUCUUGCAUUCCGCUUGCCAAGAUGCGAGGAAGUAUUUCUCGGCUGUCAACAACUAGAGUUCUGGUGAUUAUAAGCUCUAGGACUAAUCACCAUGCCACCACAGUUUUGUAAGAUCUUUAAUUCUUAUAUUCAUCUAGGAUCUGAUUUUGAUAGAAUAGAGGGUUGGAAAAGAGAUAUAUAGGGAAGACAGUAAGACAAGUUUAUUGGUAGAGUGCUCUGCUCACCCCGAUAGCAUGUAGUUGCAAUAAUUGCAAUUUGGAACUAAAGAGAGGUUGACCUUGUACCUCUUAUUCUACUAUUAACUUGACAUUGCAUGUACUGCUGUGGAAACUUAA